GAAAAAGUGAAAUAUUCGUCUGUUUCUUUUUGAGUGUUUUAGAAAAAUUUCGAGCGACCAAAAGGAGGAUGAGGUCAAGAGCAUUAAACGCCAAAAAAGGUGGAUGGAAUGAAGAAAACAUGUCUCAGGCUUUGGACGACGUCUUGAAUUGCAAAAUGUCUGAAAGAAAAGCUUCUCAGGUUUAUAAUAUAAAACGUUCCACAUUAAAAAGAAAGAUUAAGGAAAUAAAAGAAAAGCCUGGUUUGUCAAGUUCAGAUGUCACAAAACCUUACCAAAAUGUCUCUACGAAAAUCUUUACAGAUUCUGAAGAGAAAUGUCUUGUGGAUUAUUGUGUAGCAUCAUCCAAAAUGGGAUUUGGCCUUAGCCGUAUUAAACUGAGACAACUUGCUUAUGAAUAUGCUAUAAAACUUGGAAAAACGCUUCCCCAUUCUCGUUCUGGAAGUCAAAGCCCAUGGGAAAUUAAUAAACAGGCUGGAGUUGAUUGGCUGAAAUAUUUUUUGGCGAGAAAUGUUGACACCCCAGUUAAAGAAGAGCUUCGCGUGCAGCAAACUCGUGAAGAGAUAAAAAAAACAUCCCAUCAUGAACAAAAGGAAAUUGCAACAAAAUAA